AUGCGUGAGGAAGAAGAGGCGGCCGCAGGCCUUGUUUGUGUCCGUCCUGGCGUCGUUUCCCUGAGAUGCUUCUCCCGGAGCCCGUCAGACCGUGGCCUUGGGCUGAAUUGGUGCCGCCCGGGUGUCGGGUGGCCCGAGGAGACCCCCACGCUUUGGAAAUGGGCGUAUGAAGUUGGGGCUCUCGUUUUUGACAUUGGCUCGUAUACAGUGAGAGCAGGCUAUGCAGGCGAGGACUGUCCAAAGGUUGAUUUUCCAACAGCCAUUGGUGUGGUGCUAGAAAGGGACAAUGGCAGCACUCUGAUGGAGAUAGAUGGUGACAAAGGCAAACAAGGAGGCCCAACUUACUACAUAGACACCAAUGCCCUGAGAGUUCCAAGGGAAAACAUGGAGGCCAUUUCACCUUUAAAAAAUGGAAUGAUUGAAGACUGGGAUAGUUUCCAGGCAAUUUUGGAUCACACUUACAAGAUGCAUAUUAAAUCCGAAGCAAGUUUGCAUCCUGUCCUUAUGUCUGAAGCACCAUGGAAUACUAGAGCAAAGCGUGAAAAACUGACUGAGCUGAUGUUUGAACACUACAACAUCCCUGCUUUUUUCUUGUGUAAAACUGCUGUUCUAACAGCUUUUGCUAAUGGGAGAUCUACAGGUCUCAUUUUGGACAGUGGAGCAACACACACCACUGCUAUUCCAGUGCAUGAUGGAUAUGUACUUCAGCAAGGUAUUGUAAAAUCACCACUUGCGGGAGACUUUAUUACUAUGCAGUGCCGGGAAUUGUUUCAGGAAAUGAACAUAGAGAUAAUUCCUCCAUAUAUGAUUGCUUCAAAGGAGGCAGUUCGUGAGGGAUCACCAGCAAAUUGGAAGAGAAAAGAGAAGUUACCACAGGUCACUAGGUCUUGGCAUAACUAUAUGUGUAAUUGUGUGAUUCAGGACUUCCAAGCUUCUGUCCUCCAAGUAUCGGAUUCAACCUAUGAUGAACAGGUAGCAGCGCAGAUGCCGACAGUUCAUUACGAGUUCCCCAAUGGCUACAACUGUGACUUUGGUGCUGAGCGUCUGAAAAUUCCUGAGGGAUUGUUUGACCCUUCUAAUGUAAAGGGUUUGUCUGGUAACACGAUGUUAGGUGUGAGCCACGUUGUCACGACAAGCGUUGGAAUGUGCGAUAUAGACAUCAGGCCGGGCCUCUAUGGCAGCGUGAUUGUAGCAGGAGGAAACACUCUAAUACAGAGUUUCACAGACAGAUUGAACAGAGAGCUCUCUCAGAAAACUCCACCGAGCAUGCGCCUGAAGUUGAUAGCGAACAACACAACGGUGGAGCGGAGGUUCAGCUCAUGGAUUGGUGGUUCCAUUUUGGCGUCUUUGGGUACUUUUCAACAGAUGUGGAUUUCUAAACAAGAAUAUGAAGAAGGAGGGAAACAGUGUGUAGAAAGAAAAUGUCCUUAAACCUCUUACUGUGAAAACUGCUGCCUGCUCAAUGCUCCUCUGUUUCAUAGCUUUAGCAUACUCAGGAACGGGAUGGACUCUUUUUGUAGAAAAGUUUAUAUUGGAUUUUUGCAUAAUUCAAGUUCCAUUUUAACAAACCUUAGAAAUUUUGAGAGACCUAAUUGGUACUAUCAUAGAAAAAGGAUGUUUACGUCCCUUGUAAAGCAAUAAUUCAUGUAACAAGCAUUUUAUAAUUUUGUAUAAAUGUCUAUUUUCUCUAGUAUCUUUUCUUGGGAACAGCUUUACAGGUUAGCUUAUAGAUAGAAGUAUAACCUUGCAAACACCCAUGCAAAUUUAUUAAAAAUCUGUUGUCUACUUUCAUAUAUUAGUCUUCCUUGCUGGUACUUUGGCCUUAAAUUGCUCUUAUUUCUUUCUUAAAAAAUAAAAUUUGGUCUUUUAUAUUUGAGAAACUUUGUGAGUACUUGCAGAGAAAGUUCCUCUUCUGUUUUAAAAAUGGAAAGUUUGUAUUUAGAGAUCUUCUAUAGGUGACUGAGUUCAGUCUGAACUUUUACUCCUUAAUAAAAGUGUUACAUUCCAUGUAGUGAAUGUUAUAUUAAGCACUGGUUUGCUAAUUUCCUAUUAUGGAGCAAUUUCAGUUCAGUAAACAAUCAGUGCUUUCCACCUGAUAUCUAAGAAUGUAUAUAAUGCCUUUGUCAUGUAGGUGAGAAGCAAAACUUGUUCUAGCC